UCUCUUUGUCUUUGCUCUCUCUUCUCUGCUGAAUUGUUCAACUCCUCUGAUACCCGUGGAACUCUUCCUUUUCUUCUUGCUUUCCUCUCGCUCUCUCUCUCUCUCUCGCGCUCUGUGAUCCAAGAGAGCCAAGGUCAGUCUUGUUUCUUGCAACUCACUUACCACUUCCAGAUUGGGUGCUUACUUUACUCUUGUCUCUGACAUUACUGAUGCAGUCUUUGUGCUUGCUCAACUACUUUACUUCACUUUCCCAGUUGAGUUGACUUGAUUGUUUUCAUCAUUCACCAUAUAUAACUGGUAAAUAACUUAGACUCUGGAGUGGGAGAGAGUUGGAUCUUAUGCAUUUAGAUUAGAUCUUAAGAAUCGGUUCAUAUGGGGAAUACUUGCGUUGGACCCAGCAUUUCCAAGAAUGGCUUCUUCCAAUCAGUUUCUGCUGCAAUGUGGCGAACCCCUUUGCCAGAUGACAACUCUGUUCAUACAGUCAAUGAGCCCAGGGAACCCGAGUCGCCUCUUCCCGUGCAAGACAAGCCGCCCCAACAGGUCACCAUACCAAAACCUGAGACGACCGAGCCGAAACAACCCUCCAAACCCUCCAAACCCCCCCAGAUGAAGAGGGUCCCUAGUGCAGGGCUUCGUGCUGGUUCAGUCUUGCAAACAAGGACCGGCAAAUUGAAGGAGUUUUAUAGUUUGGGGAGGAGAUUGGGACAGGGGCAGUUUGGAGUAACAACUCUGUGUGUCGAGAAGGCCACAGGGAAAGAGUAUGCGUGCAAGUCGAUUGCAAAAAGGAAGUUGAUAACUGAGGAUGAUGUGGAGGAUGUCAGGAGGGAAAUUCAGAUAAUGCAUCAUCUGGCAGGCCACCCUAAUGUUAUAUCCAUAAAGGGUGCUUAUGAGGAUGCUGUUGCAGUUCAUGUUGUUAUGGAAUUAUGUGCAGGCGGUGAGCUCUUCGAUAGGAUAAUCCAGCGUGGCCAUUAUACAGAAAGAAAGGCAGCUGAGCUCACUAGGACUAUAGUUGGAGUUGUAGAAGCUUGCCAUUCCUUAGGAGUCAUGCAUCGAGACCUUAAGCCCGAGAAUUUUCUCUUUGUCAGUCAGGAGGAGGAUGCACUUCUUAAAACUAUUGAUUUUGGAUUAUCCAUUUUCUUGAAGCCAGGAGAAAAGUUUACUGAUGUGGUUGGAAGCCCAUAUUAUGUCGCUCCAGAAGUCUUACGAAAGCGUUAUGGUCCCGAAGCAGAUGUUUGGAGCGCUGGAGUGAUUCUUUAUAUUUUGUUAAGUGGGGUGCCUCCAUUUUGGGCUGAAACGGAGCAAGGAAUAUUUGAACAGGUCUUGCAUGGUGAGCUAGACUUUUCAUCAGAUCCCUGGCCUAGUAUCUCUGACGGUGCCAAAGAUUUAGUUAGGAGAAUGCUUGUCCGAGACCCUAAAAAACGGCUGACUGCGCAUGAAGUUUUGUGCCACCCCUGGGUGCAAGUUGAUGGUGUGGCUCCUGAUAAGGCACUUGAUUCCGCAGUUCUAAGUCGGUUAAAGCAAUUUUCAGCUAUGAACAAGCUGAAGAAAAUGGCUCUUAGGGUUAUUGCUGAGAGCUUAUCUGAAGAAGAAAUAGCCGGCCUGAAAGAAAUGUUCAAGAUGAUAGACACUGAUGGCAGUGGCCAGAUUACUUUUGAAGAACUUAAGGCGGGACUGAAAAAAUUUGGAGCUACUCUCAAGGAGUCAGAAAUUUAUGAUCUGAUGCAGGCAGCAGAUGUAGAUAAUAGCGGAACUAUUGAUUAUGGGGAGUUUGUUGCUGCCACAUUGCAUUUAAACAAAAUUGAGAGAGAAGAUCAUCUGUUUGCAGCUUUCUCCUACUUUGAUAAGGAUGGAAGUGGCUACAUUACUCAAGAUGAGCUUCAACUAGCUUGUGAGGAGUUUGGUGUAGAGGAUGUUCGCCUCGAAGAAAUGAUAAGUGAAGUCGAUCAGGAUAAUGAUGGACGCAUAGAUUACAAUGAGUUUGUGGCCAUGAUGCAAAAAGGAAAUUUUGUUGGCCCGGGCAAGAAGGGCCUGCAAAGUAGUUUCAGUAUUAAAUUCAGAUAAGCAUGCAAAGCUUCCAGUCAUAAUCUCUGAAUUUAUUGAAUCCCAUAGUGUAAGGCUUUUGCAGCUGAAAUCUCGAAGCCCUUUCUGUGUUGUAUGCAGUGGGGAAGAAAGUUUUGAUGUACUAUUAUAUUGUACACUUUUAUUUUAUUUUAUAACAGUGAUGAGUAUAUCCAUACCUUCAACACACGGACCCCAAGUUCUAAACUACUCCAGUUAGGGGCUGUACACCUACAUCUCCAUUUUCAGCUGGUUUUCAUAUAUAUGUUUUGUCUUGUACGGACGUUUUUCGGGUGGAUUGUGUUU